CUGUUCAAUGAGCCUCCAUUCACUUUUCUCAAUCAGAUUCCGUUCCAGAUCCAAUUAGUGCCGUCUGCCUUGGACUUGCUCCUGAGUCCUGUGAUUAGAAAUAAUUCAAAAUGGAAGACAUCACAAUGUCAGUCAGCAAAACGACCCAAGAGCUAGCAAUGGAGGGACAGAAACAUCUAGAAGAAACAAUUGAAGCAGCAUAUCAAAUCCUUGCUUUAAUGAACAAUGAGCUCUGCAACCCUGCAUUAUGGUCUAUCACCACUUCUUCCAGUAACACUACAAAUUCCCCAAUUGUUGCUGCUAAUAGUAACAAUUCGCUUUCCCAAAACGGAGCCGGAAAUGGAGACUCUGUCUAUGAUGGAACAGGUCAUGGCAGUGUUAGUUCUGUUAAAGGAAAUGGAGCUCUCGAUGAAGCUCGAUUUCGGUAUAAAAGCUCCAUAGCUGCUCUUCGCAGGGUACUUGCUGCCAUUCCGAUUUCUCGCGAGGCAAAAGCAUUUGAAACCAGUUCAGGUUCUCCAGAAGAUGAAGCUGAUGUUGAGAAAUUGGAAGUGCAAGCUUCCAAUCUUAGAAAGGAACUUUUCAAGAAGAAUGGAUACAUUAAACUUCUCAUUGAUCAAUUACGAGAUCUUAUCUCCGAUUUAUCUACUUGGCAAAGUCCUUGCUCGGCAUAAAGUCUGUGUAAAUAGCAUGGCAUGAAAGUUGAGAUUAUAUAUCGUAAUUUAUUUUCCAAAGGCAAGUCCCGGCCGGUGAUCUAAUUAUGAUUUUUCUUAGAAGUUAAUCUCCAAUUUUGUAGUUAAUUAUAUACUGUAGAAAGGUUGUGGUCAUUUUUCGAAUAGCUUUGGCUUUUAUGAGAGAAUUUUGGCAUGAUGUUGUACUUCAUGAUGUGUUGAGUCAUAUGGAUGAAGCCUUUGUCGAGACGAGUCCUCUUUUAUGUGGGAAUUUAAUGGUUAUUUU